AUGGCUGCUCAGCAGCUAGUCAAGCAAAAGAAAAAGCCCUCUAAGGAGGCAGUGCUGUUCCCUGAGAACAUCACCACAGAGCAGCAGUCCCUGGUGCUGGUGAAGAGGCUCCUGGCCAUCUCUGUGUCCUGCAUUACCUACAUGAGGGGGCUGUUCCCUGAGAGCUCCUAUGGCACUCGCUAUCUGGAUGACCUCUGUCUAAAAAUUCUGCGAGAAGAUAAAAGCUGUCUGGGAUCAUUGCAGAUAGUCAAAUGGAUUCAAGGUUGUUUUGAUGCUUUGGAGAAGCAGUAUCUACACGUGGCUGUCCUUGCAAUUUACACCGACCCCGAGACAGUCACUGAAAUGUAUCAAUUCAAAUUCAAGUACAAAAACAAGGUGCCCCAGAUGGACAUCAGCAGCAACCACAGGGAGUUUGUGGCCGGGCUGUGCAGCAAGGAUGUCAAACAUGCCAGCAGGCUCCUGCUCAGGACCCUGUACCUGCUCAUGCAGGACCUGGGGCCCCUGCCCAAUGACAUCACCCUGAGCAUGAAACUCCUCUACUACAACCAUGUCACUCCCAAGGAUUACCAGCCCCCUGGCUUCAAGGAAGAUGGCAGCCCUGGGGACCUCUUGUUUGCUGGGGAUCCCAUCAACCUGAAAGUGGGCUCAGUCUCCACUGAUUUCCACCUCAUGAAAAUCAGAGUGACAACUGAGAAGAAGAGGGUGAAGAAGGCUGACAGCAACCUGAUCCAGAAGAACAGCCCUACUGAGAUCUCCCACCAAGGGCUGGACUGUGAGGAAGAUGAGGAGGAGGAGGAGAGCACAGAGAAUCACCCUUGCCCUGUCAGAGCAGAUUCAAAUGAGCAUGAAGGGGAUAUAAGUGGCACCCAUCCAGGUAGAAAAACAGAAGCAUCUUCUUUAUGCCUUGAAGAGAAAGGUAGCAAGAAGAGAGGAGUCAAGGAGGAGACAAACAGGAUGCCUUGCUCAAGGGCUUGUCAGGAGAUAAACCUCCUGAACCUUGCCUUCAGCCAGGAAGAGGUAAUAGGACCUGAGAAGAAAAGGAAGGUCAGUGAACCAGAGAAGCUGCCUCUGAACAGCAGGAAAUUAUGUUCGUUCUGA